CACAACGUCGACCAGCGCUGCGGCACACUCAACACUGUGGCGAGGGGGCGAGGCAGUCACAAUGGUAGGUUUAGAGGCUCAGUACAGGACCAGUCUACAGUCAGAGCUCAAGAGGUAUCCCAACAUAUGUGUGGAGGACAUAGCGGCAGUGCAGGAGUGGAUAGCGACUCAGCCCCACUUGCCUCAGAUAUAUGAUGUUCAGAUCGCCCAUUUCCUACAUGCCAGCUAUUAUGAUGUGGAAAUUGCCAAGAAUGCUAUAGAACACUACUACACAUACAAAGCAUCUAUGACCGAGUUCUUCACAGACUGGGACCCUCUUUCAACUCGCCUUGCUGGUUACGUCAGCAAAGUAUUGUAUGCUGCGUUUCUGCCAAAGCAGUCACCAGAGUCAUGUCAGAUGAUCCUGCUGAGGCUAAGAGACCCCUCGCUAGACCUCUACAGUUUCAACCUCAGUGUCAAGUGGCUGCUCAUGUCAGUGACUGCCCAGCUGCUAAGUGAAGGCCAACAAUCAGAGUACAAGAUCAUCUACGAUGCAGACAGCUACACAAUGUCACACGUAAUGAGAAACCCUCUGUCUGCAGUUAGGCAUUACCUCGACUUCGGACAGAAAGCAUCGGCCAUUAGGGUGGUGGAGAUCCACUUCAUCAAUUCAAGUUCAGUUGUAAAGAAACUCAUAUCACUAGUGAAACCAUUCAUGAACAAGCACAUCAUGAAAAUGCUACAUUUCCACACCUCUUCUGAUGCCUUCUUCAAAUCCCUUCCUAAGGAUCAGACUCCAAGUGAUUACGGUGGAACUGCACCCAGCUUGGAUGUACUUACAGCCGAAAACACAAAACGUGUAGAAGAGAUGAGAGAAGCCCUGCUUGCACACAACCAACAGAAAGUGGACGAAAGUAAGAGAAUUGGAAAGAAGAAGAAAUCUAAAGUGGAGGAAGACUUUAAAAAAUUGGAGAUUGACUAGUUGCUGGAAUCGUAAUUGAAGAUUUUAAAAGACAAAUAGUUUGAUCUUAAUUAAUUCUGUUAAGCUUUGACAACCAUGUACAGUACAUUGCUCAGUAAAUUUAUUUUCUAAUA